AUGCAUUUUAUAAUCCAACUCGAAUAUUUAAGUUUAAGCAGCACGGGAAAAUUUUUAAUAAUGCGGUUGGCAGAUGUAUACGAUACAAAGAGAUUCAUAGCCAUCUCAGAAGGAAAUGCAGAGAGCGAUGUGUCAGUAAAGUAUAGAGCGAUUGCUCUGAACUUCUUUAAAAAGCUGAAAGAGCUCCCUACUAAAUACGAUCUACACAAUGCCACGCAGUAUGUACUUCCCAAGGAGAUACUUGCGCAUAUGCCAGAAUACUCAAAGGAAACAAUUUUUCCUAGAGCGCGAGUUCUUCCUGAAGAGUCUGUUAAGACUAAGUGGGAAAUGUUUGCAGCAAGAAAAGGAAUUGUAAGAAGCAAAAACAAAACAGGAGGAAGAGUAUAUGAUGAGGUCACACGAGAAUAUGCGCCUGCGUUUGGCAGGGGGAGUAAGAACGACCUAGACAGAAACUGGUUAAUAGAAGUAAAAGACCAUGAAGACCCUAUGAUCGAUAGACAUUCUCUACUGAAAGAGAACAAAAAGAAGAAUAAGCGCGCCCAAAAGAUAAAGGAGUAUAGAAAUUUAAAGCGAACAGAUCGUAUUAAGUGCUAUGAAAGAAGAGACAGAGACAACGAGCUAAUGUAA